CGAGGAAGCUGCUUGUCGUCAAGGUUGAUUUGGGAAACUGUAAUUUUAUGUUGAGCCAUAUCACAUUGCGGCCCAUACUCCCAGUUGCAUUCCCCAGCACGCGGACACUGUCGUCAGUCCAUCCCCAUCAGACCGUGCUGGAGAAAUACAUCCUAAGGGUCCAAAACACUGUCGCCUUGCAACGUUCUUUGACUGCAUUCUCUUCCAUCCCUCAGGACCCCUUCAUAGAACGUGCAGUUCCCUUCAACCUUCAGGGAGAUCCAAUCCUAGGGCAGAUUCCAUUCCAGAGCCCCUCCACUACCACGCACUUCUGCCCUUGUUGCCGAAGAGGGUCUCAGUAGACAUUCGUUUGCCAAAGUGCCGCUCGAUUUACGCGCCUGAAGUGGCAUCAUAUCCUUCAGAUACCCCUUCUCAUAAUGUACGGUACUGGAACCGGCCCUCAGACGGGCGCCGUUACACCCAGGUCGUCAACAUCACUCCGCCCGCUCACUCUCUCUCACGGUUCUCUCGAAACCUCCUUCUUAAUACCUACCAAUCUCCACUUCCACGCCUCGCGAUUGAAGGAGAGUUUUACCGCGAGUCUGCCGAGUCCCACCGACGAACUCGCACAAGAUGACGAACCCUCUUCCGUUGCCGAGCUCGUUGCGAGAUACAUGGGCUACAUCGCCAACGAGGUGGCUCAGGGCGAGGAUGACGCUCAAGGAUCGUAUGAGGAAGUGCUCAAGCUCGUCCUGAACGAAUUUGAACGAGCCUUCCUCAGGGGCAAUGAUGUCCAUGCCCUGGUUGCAACGCUUCCUGGCAUCGAUGCUAAGAAGCUAGAGGUCAUUCGCAGCUACUUUGCUGCUCGGGCGGCAUCGAACAGGCCCAUGAAGGCGCAUCAAUCGGCCUUGUUCCGAGCGGCUGACGAGGGAGCCGCCAAGCUUUACAACAUCUUUGGCGGCCAGGGCAACAUCGAAGAGUAUUUCGAGGAGCUCCGGGAGCUUCACAAGACGUACCCUUCCUUUGUUGGGGAGCUCAUCCUGUCUUCGGCGGAGCUUCUUCAGACGCUGUCUUCGCACCCAAGUGCUGAGAAGCUCUACUCCAAGGGCUUGGACAUCAUGAACUGGCUCCACAAUCCGGAUGCUACACCGGACGUCGACUACCUAAUUUCGGCACCCGUCAGUUUCCCCCUGAUUGGUCUCGUGCAGCUCGCGCAUUACCAAGUUACAUGCAAGACCCUGGGUCUCCAUCCCGGCAUUCUGCGUGAGAGAAUCAGCGGGACGACAGGGCAUUCGCAAGGCAUUGUCCUUGCUGCCGUCACAGCAGCUGCAGAUUCAUGGGAGUCGUUCGAGAAGAUGGCCAAGUCUGCCUUGACCAUCCUCUUCUGGAUCGGAGCGCGCAGCCAACAAACGUUCCCCAAGACAUCCAUGUCACCAUCCAUGCUCCAGGAUGCCAUCGACAACGGAGAGGGCACCCCAACCCCAAUGCUGAGCAUUCGGGAUCUCCCCCAGGCAGAAGUCCAGAAACACAUCAACCAGACCAACCAGUACCUUCCCGAGGACCAGCACAUCUCCAUCUCCCUAAUCAACAGCCCGCGAAACCUGGUUGUCGCUGGGCCCCCAAGGUCACUUUGUGGUCUCAAUGCUCAGCUGAGGAAGGUCAAGGCUGCCACUGGCAUUGACCAGACCAGGAUCCCCUACACUGAGAGGAAGAUUCGCUUCGUGAAUCGGUUCCUGCCGAUUACUGCGCCGUUCCACAGCAAGUAUCUCGAGGAGGCCAGGGGGCUGAUUGCUGAGGACCUCAAGGACAUUUCCAUUGACGUCAAGAGCCUGGGAAUUCCCGUCUACAACACUAAUACUGGCGUGGACAUCCGGGAGGAGAUGACUGGAAACGUGGUCCCCGCCCUGAUUCGCAUGAUUACGAGCGACCCUGUCAAUUGGGAGAAGGCCACCGUCUUUCGCGGGGCGACGCACAUUCUCGACUUUGGCCCGGGAGGCAUUUCGGGACUUGGCGUCUUGACCAGCAGAAACAAGGACGGCACUGGUGUUCGCGUCAUCCUGGCAGGGUCAGUGAGCGGUACGGUGACCGAAGUCGGGUACAAGUCCGAGCUUUUUGAUCGGGAUGAGGAACAUGCCGUCAAAUACGCUGUCGAUUGGGUCAAAGAAUACGGCCCUAGACUCGUCAAGACUUCUAGCGGUCGUACGUACGUCGAUACCAAGAUGAGCAGACUGCUUGGCCUGCCGCCUCUUCUUGUGGCCGGGAUGACGCCUGCCACUGUCCCGUGGGACUUCGUAGCCGCGACAAUGAACGCCGGCUAUCAGAUUGAGCUAGCGGGUGGCGGCUACUACAACGCAAAGACCAUGACCGAAGCCAUCUCGAAGAUUGAGAAGGCCAUUCCUCCCGGUCGAGGCAUCAGUGUCAAUCUUAUCUACGUCAACCCCCGUGCCAUGGCUUGGCAAAUCCCGUUACUCGGCAGGCUCAGAGCCGAGGGUGUGCCGAUCGAGGGCCUGACCAUCGGCGCCGGCGUUCCGUCGAUUGAGGUCGCUCAGGAGUACAUCGAGACACUUGGACUGAAGCACAUCUCAUUCAAGCCCGGUUCAAGCGAAGCUAUCCAAGCGGUCAUCAAUAUCGCCAAAGCCAAUCCCAAUUUCCCGGUCAUCCUGCAGUGGACUGGCGGUAGAGGAGGUGGCCACCACUCCUAUGAAGACUUCCACGCACCGAUUCUUGCCAUGUACAGCCGCAUCCGCCGACAAGAGAACAUCAUACUCGUUGCUGGUAGCGGGUUUGGCGGUGCCGACGACACGUAUCCUUACCUUACCGGCGCGUGGUCAACCAAGUACGGCUAUCCCCCAAUGCCCUACGACGGCUGCUUGUUUGGCAGCCGCAUGAUGGUUGCCAAGGAGGCGCACACGAGCAAGGCUGCCAAGCAAGCUAUUGUCGAUGCCCCGGGUCUUGACGACAGCGAAUGGGAGAAGACCUACAAGGGUCCCGCUGGCGGCGUGAUUACCGUCAAGUCCGAGAUGGGUGAGCCGAUUCACAAGCUUGCAACGCGCGGUGUCCUCUUUUGGGCCGAGAUGGAUCAGAAGAUUUUCAGCUUGCCAAAGGAGAAACGUGUGCCCGAGCUGAAAAAGAACCGUGACUACAUCAUCAAGAAGCUCAACGCCGACUUCCAGAAGGUCUGGUUCGGUCAGAACAAGGAGGGCAAGGCCGUCGACCUUGAAGAUAUGACUUAUGGCGAGGUAGUGCGCCGGAUGGUCGAGCUUCUUUACGUCAAGGACGAAGCUCGCUGGAUCGAUCCCUCUUUCGCCAAGCUCACCGCCGACUUCAUCCACCGUAUCGAGGAGCGAUUCACAACGACUUCUGGCCAGCCGUCCCACAUUCAAAGCUACGCUGACCUCGACGAACCAUACACCGCCGUUGAUCGCAUUCUGUCUCACUACCCCGAGGCCGAGACGCAGCUCAUCAACGCGCAGGAUGUUCAGCAUUUCCUGCUCCUUUGCCAGCGGCGUGGGCAGAAACCAGUCACUUUCGUCCCGGCGCUCGACGAGAACUUCGAAUUCUUUUUCAAAAAGGAUUCUCUGUGGCAGUCGGAAGACCUCGCAGCCGUCAUUGACAAGGAUGUCGGCAGAACCUGCAUUCUCCAGGGGCCCAUGGCCGCGAAGCACUCAACCAAAGUUGACGAGCCCAUCAAGGACAUUCUCGAUGGCAUCCACAACGGCCACAUCGAGGGCUUGACCCGUGAUUUGUACGGCGGCGAUGCCUCCAAGAUCCCUACUGUCGAGUUCUUUGGUGGAAAGCUUAUCGAGAGUGAAAUUCCGUUGGAUGUGGAUGGCCUGACCGUCUUCACGGACGAGACGAAGAACACAUACCGUUUGUCUUCUUCGCCGUCGGCCCAGCUGCCGUCGCUUGAGUCCUGGAUUUCGCUCCUGGCAGGCUCGAAGCGGAACUGGCGCUACGCGCUCCUCCAGUCGGAUGUGAUCGUUCAAGGCCAAAAGUACCAGACCAACCCCAUGAAGAGGAUAUUCGCACCCACUCGCGGUCUGUUUGUUGAGAUCCUCAACCCCAAUGACCCCGCCAAGACGGUGAUUGUGGUUAAGGAGCAGCCUCGCCACAACCGCUACGUCGAGGUCAUUGAGGUCAAGCUCGUUGGUGAGAAUGAGAUUGUGGUCAACAUGAUCAAGGAUACGACUGCUCUUGGCAAGCCUAUUGCCCUCCCGCUUCGUUUCACAUACCGCCCUGAGGCUGGCUACGCGCCCAUCCACGAAAUCAUGGACGGCCGCAAUGACCGGAUCAAGGAGUUCUACUGGCGUGCAUGGUUCGGGGAUGAUGAACUCGACCUUGAUGCCCCCGUCGCCAGCAAGUUUGAUGGUGGCAAGAGUGUCAUAACGAGCGAGGCGAUCAACGAAUUCGUCCAUGCCGUCGGCAACACGGGCGAGGCCUUCGUCGACCGCCCGGAGAAGAUCAUGUAUGCCCCCAUGGACUUCGCCAUUGUGGUCGGCUGGAAGGCGAUCACAAAGCCAAUCUUCCCACGCACCAUUGAUGGUGAUCUCCUCAAGCUCGUUCACUUGUCCAAUGAGUUCCGCAUGAUGCCUGGCGCUGAGCCUCUGAAGAAGGGCGACGAGGUCCAUACCACCGCGCAGAUCAACGCCGUCAUCAACCAGGAAUCCGGGAAGAUGGUUGAGGUUUGCGGUACCAUUACCCGCGAUGGCGAAGCUGUGAUGGAGGUCACAUCCCAGUUCCUCUACCGCGGAGUCUACACCGACUUUGAGAAUACCUUCCAACGCAAAGUUGAGACGCCCAUGCAGGUUCACCUCUCGACGACCAAGGAUGUCGCUGUUCUCCGCUCUAAGCAAUGGUUUGUCCUCGACGAUCUCGCCACGCCCGAGAUUGAGCUGCUUGGUCAGACCUUGACCUUCCGUCUGCAGAGCCUUGUCCGGUUCAAGAACAGGACCGUCUUCAGCCAUGUUGAGACACGGGGUCAAGUCCUUGUCGAACUGCCCACCAAGGAGAUUAUUCAAGUCGCCACGGUCGAGUACGAGGCUGGCGAGUCGCACGGAAACCCAGUCAUUGACUACCUCCAACGUCACGGCUCGUCCAUUGAGCAGCCCGUCAAUUUCGAGAACCCCAUUCCCCUCAGCGGCAAGACGCCUCUCCAGCUCCGAGCGCCCGCUUCCAAUGAAACGUAUGCGCGUGUCUCGGGCGACUACAAUCCCAUCCAUGUGUCGCGCGUCUUUGCAGCCUAUGCCAACCUCCCCGGUACCAUCACGCACGGCAUGUACUCCAGCGCUGCCGUGCGAAGCUUGGUAGAGACUUGGGCUGCAGAGAACAAGAUUGGUCGCGUCCGGAGUUUCCACGCCUCCCUCACCGGCAUGGUGCUACCAAAUGAUGAUCUCAACGUGAAGCUGCAGCAUGUCGGCAUGGUAGCCGGCCGCAAGAUCAUCAAAGUCGAGGCUAGUAACAAGGAAACGGAGGAGAAGGUGCUUCUUGGUGAGGCGGAAAUCGAGCAGCCCGUUACCGCUUAUGUCUUCACGGGCCAAGGCUCUCAGGAGCAAGGCAUGGGAAUGGACCUGUAUGCCAGCAGUCCGGUCGCCAAGGAAGUGUGGGAUCGUGCGGACAAGUAUUUGAUGGAUACUUAUGGCUUCGCAAUCACAAACAUUGUCAGAAACAACCCGAAGGAGCUCACCAUUCACUUUGGUGGUCCGCGUGGCAAAGCUAUCCGGCAGAACUACAUGGCCAUGACCUUCGAGACGGUGGCCGCCGACGGCUCCAUCAAGUCGGAGCGCAUCUUCAAGGAGAUUAACGAGAAGACCACAUCCUACACCUAUCGCUCGCCCAGCGGCCUGCUCUCAGCUACCCAGUUCACCCAGCCUGCCCUGACGCUGAUGGAGAAGGCAAGCUUUGAGGACAUGAAGGCCAAAGGGCUUGUCCCUCGUGAUAGCACCUUUGCGGGCCAUUCUCUCGGCGAGUACUCGGCAUUGGCCGCCCUUGCCGAUGUCAUGCCCAUUGAGUCUCUGGUGUCGGUCGUGUUCUAUCGCGGCUUGACCAUGCAGGUUGCUGUCGAGCGUGAUGCAUCCGGCCGAUCCAACUACAGCAUGUGCGCUGUGAAUCCCAGCCGCAUCAACAAGACGUUCAAUGAAGAGGCUUUGCGUUUCGUGGUCAGCGCCGUCGCCGAGACGACGGGCUGGUUGCUCGAGAUUGUCAACUAUAACAUUGCCAACAUGCAGUACGUCUGCGCCGGUGAUCUCCGUGCGCUCGACACCCUGACUGGGGUUACCAACUAUCUCAAGGCCAUGAAGAUCGACAUUGAGCAGAUGCGCAAGGAGUACCAGCCCGAGAUGGUCAAGGAGAAGCUUGUGGAGAUGAUCAGGGCGUGUGCUGCUGAGACGGAGGCCAAGCCGAAGCCCCUGGAGCUCCAGCGUGGAUUCGCCACGAUUCCUCUGAAAGGCAUUGACGUGCCUUUCCACUCGACCUUCUUGCGCUCUGGUGUCAAGCCCUUCAGAAGCUUCCUGCUGAAGAAGAUCAACAAGACGACCAUCGACCCUGCCAAGCUGAUUGGCAAAUACAUUCCCAACGUGACGGCCAGGCCUUUCGCGUUGACAAAGGAGUAUUUUGAGGAUGUUUACCGCCUGACCAACUCGCCCAAGAUCGGCCACAUCCUGGCCAACUGGGAUAAGUAUCAGGACGAUGGCAGUGCAUUGUCGACCGCCGUGGCCAAUGGCACUAAUGGCGUCAAUGGGGUUAACGGUGUGAUUGGCGACGUCGCCAAUGGGGUGGAAGCGGCAUGAUGAUUAUGCGUUGAGUUACGGCGUUGGACUGGUUUGCUAGAUUAGAUGUUUGCUCUUUACGUAUAGCUUUAAUGUGCAUGUAGACAUGAUAUCGGCGAUGUCGGCUCUAGGCAGCUUUAGACAAGAGAUAUUAAUUUGC